AUGGACCUCAACGACGGAAUGACCGACCCUAGGCACCACCUCAACAACUUCAAAAGCAGGAUGUACCUGGCCAAUGCCUUUGACGCCACCCGCUGCAAAGCAUUCUCAACCAUUCUGACCAAAGCGGCUAUGAAGUGGUUCGACAUGUUACCCCCUAAGUCGGUAAUUAGCUUCGAUGACCUGUCCCAGAAGUUCCUGACCAGGUUCUCCAUCCAGAAGGAUAAAGCGAAACAUGCACCGAGCUUGUUAGGAAUCAAACAAGAGGUCGGAAAAACCCUCCGCGACUACAUAGAAGGGUUCAACAAACUGUGCUUGGAGAUCCAGAGUCUACCCACUGAAGUCAUGAUCAUGGGACUAGUCAAUGGCCUCAAAGAGGGACCCUUCUCCCAAUCAAUAUCCAAGUGA